CCUAGUUCAAAUAGAAUUUUUGUUUUAUUAUCCAUUCCCAUUUCCCCCUAACUCCCGCAUGGAUUUCAGGAAGCAGUGAAGCACUGAACUCCAGAGUCCGGUAUAUGCUAAUCAAUGGCUUUUACUCUAAGCUCCAUUUCCAUUUCAGCUCCUUCCAUCACGCGUAGAAGCUGCCAGGCUUCUACGGCUGUCUCGGCUCCCUCCGCUGUGCACAUCCCUAGGCCACCGGCGCCGCUGCUUCCGCCUCUCUCUCAUGAUCAAUCCUCUAAUCCCGCCACUCUACCAUCCUCAUCCUGCGCCCUCCAUUGCCCCCACUUUCAGAUGUGUUCAGGUUGUACUCAAGAGUUUAAUCUACACCGUCCAUUACUGAUUGAUGAAGCUGUGAACUUCUUCAAGAAGCUUGGCGUUAAAUUCACCUUUGAUAGUGGUAGAUUGUGGGGUUGGAGGUGCCGUGCUAAGCUUGCAGUUCGCGGUUCAUCAGUGCAACCUUUAAUUGGACUAUAUCAGGAGGGAACUCACACUGUUGUUGAUAUCCCUGAUUGUCAAGCUCACCAUCCUAAUAUUAAUGCCGUUGUGAAACUUCUGAAACAAGCUAUAGUUGAGUUGAAUGUUGAACCAUAUGAUGAAGAUUUAGGGACAGGGGAUCUGAGAUAUGUUCAGAUGGCUGUUACAACCCAUGACACCUCUCUUCCAACCUCAGAAAGAUAUAAUAAGGGUAAAGUUCAGGUUUCUCUAGUUUGGAAUUCAAGAAACGAAAACUCACAUACUUCUGAAAAACUUAAGGUGUUGGCCAAUUUCUUGUGGAGAACAGGUGGACCAUGGAGUGAAGACCAUUUAAUACAUUCUGUCUGGGCAAAUUUUCAGACAUCAUCAAAUAAUAUAAUUUUUGGAAAUAGAUGGAGGUAUCUAUUAGGGGAAAGAGAUUUCUGGGAACAUGUUGGUGGAAUUGAUGUGUCUUUGGCUCCAUCUAGCUUUGGACAAGCAAAUACACGGGCAUUUGAUUCUUUGCUACGCAAGUUACAGAAAUAUGUCCCAUAUGGUGCAUCAGUUAUUGAUCUGUAUGCAGGAUCUGGUGUAAUUGGAUUGUCUUUAGCAUCCACAAGGAAAUGCAGUUCAGUUAAAUGUGUAGAAGUCAACAAAGAGUCAAGACAGGCUUUUACGAAGACAGCUGAGCGCUUGCCAACCAAUCUUGAUAGCAGCAUUAGCUGGCACCAUGCUGACACUUCAAUAGAACCUCAUUCUUGGCUUGUUGGAGCUGACGUAGUUGUGGUUGACCCUCCAAGGAAAGGACUGGAUCCCUCUCUGAUUAAAGCAUUGCAAGCUGUGUCAUCAGGGACACCUAAAAGCAAGCUCUUGGAAAGUAAUGAAAUGACAAAAGAUGAAAAAAGACCCUGGGUUCUGCGCACAAGAGAAGCUUCAGUUUCUAUUGGAGGAAGAACUCAGUCACAGGAAACCCAAACUUCUCCUCAAACUCUUAUAUAUAUAAGCUGUGGAUGGGAAAGUUUUAAAGAGGAUUGCAUUUCACUUCUAUCUUCCAAGGCAUGGAGUUUAGACAAGGCCCAUGGCUUCAAUUUCUUUCCAGGCACCCAAAGUAUGGAGAUUCUAGCAGUUUUUAAGAGAAGGUCAAAAGGUAAAAGGAAUUCUGGAAAGAAGAAAAGACCCUCCUAAGGGUAGCUGUAUUGUGACAGUGAUAGAUUUCCGUGGACAUGUUUUCUUGAUCCAGGCCUAGAAGAGUCAUGUUGUUGUUAUCUUUUAAGGGCAUUUGGCCUAUAAUCGACCCCCCCCCCCCCCCCCCAAUCAAGAAAGAAUAGAAAUGAAAUGGGCAUGGCCCUGGUUCAAAAAGAUACGAGCCAUGCAAAAGAGGCAGCCUGCCAAACUUUCACCCUCACGUAUCAAAUAUCUAGUACGAGUUUGGGAGCUUGAAAAUGAGUCGAAGAAUAUGGGUGAAACAACGUUGUUACUUGAGCAUAUGCAAAUGAAUAUUUGAGCACGUUUGAUUAUGUAAAUGAGUUUUUGAAAGCUCAUUUCAUAAGUUAUGUAUGCUCAUUGGGUAUUGUUGUCUUUACUUUAAAAUGUCAAUUCAAUGUAUAUUUUAAAAGUAUAAUGCUACAAUAUAUUCGCAUAUUAGAAUUCACA